AUGAGAUGGGUGUCUGCAGCAAGCAGGCUUUUUACACCAUAUGACAACAGUGUUCACCACCAAGACAAGGGCCAAAUCUUACUCUCCCCACAGCCACAGGUUGUCUUUGUGUCCAAACAGGGAGGUGAGAGGAUGGAAAGAGUAAAUAGAGAUGAAGAAGCAUAUAAAAUGUUGAGCGCACUUGGGUCAAGGCCACCAAACUGUGAGCACAAGUGUGGAAAUUGUGUACCGUGUAAUGCCAUUCAAGUGCCCACAACCACUGACCAUGUGGGCGUCCAUUAUGCUAAUUAUGAACCUGAGGGAUGGAAAUGCAAAUGUGGCACUGCUUUCUUCAACCCAUAA